GCCGAUUUCCCCCUUCGAUGGCUUAUUCUCUCUGUUUCUGUGGCUUCCUCUUUGGUGAUUUGAUUUCCAUGGCUUCUUCUCUCCCAGGAUCUUUUUGCGUGUGGCUGUUUUCAUACUUUGAUCUGGUGGCGUGGCUAUGGUGGUCAUGUCCGGCCGUUUCCAUGCUGGUGGUGGCGUAUGCAUCUGACUCUUCUGAUUUAUUUCUUAGCUAUAUGACCUUGGACGAUAACCGCAGAUGAAAGGACUAGCGACACUCCGUCUCUUCCGAGCUUCGGCGUUGUCUGGCUUCUCUGCGGCCACCGCACCAACUGGACCUCCUAGCGCUGCCCAGUCCUCGCUGGAGGACAAACUAUUCGCGGUGUGGCCGGAGCUCCCAGCGCUGCCCCGACACCUGCUGGAAGGCAGAACCGUUUGCCAUAAUGGGCGUCAGGGGCUCCAUGAUGUGGCGCAGGUCGAGCACAAGCCAUGGCCACCGGGGCUGCUCACCAUUAGUUGCCUCACGAUCGCUGCCAAUAUACAGAGUGUUGUUGCAAUAACCCCAACAGGUUUUGAGUAGCGGAAAGGACAAGGAUCACAAAGAGACUGUUGUGUUGU